AUGGACACCAAGAAUCCGAACAAGAAAUACAGAACAACGCCCGAGUACGCUGAGUAUCAGCGUGAGAACUUCUGGGCAAGCAAUGAGGGCAAAGUGCCUCCGUUCAAUACUGACCCGGCCAAGCUUGAGGAACUAGCAAAGGAGAGGCUGUCUCAGAAUGGAUGGCUUUAUGCUUCCUCCAACGCAGGCCAGUCUUACACUCACACCGCCAAUCGCCAGGCCUUCUACCGGCGCCGCAUCAUCCCACGCAUGCUGGUAGACACCAACAAGCGAGACACCCGCGCCGAGAUCUGGGGUCACAAGGUCUCCGCGCCCAUCGGCUUCGCGCCCAUCGGCAUCAACAAGAUAUACCACCCCCAGGGCGAGCUGCCCGUGGCCAAAGUCGCCAAGGAGCUAAACCUGCCCUACUGCCUCAGCACCGCGGGUUCACAACCCAUCGAAGCCGUGGCAGAGGCCAAUGGCGAAGGCCCUCGCUUCUUCCAGCUGUACAUGCCGCACGACGACGAACUCACCAUCUCGCUGCUGACACGGGCGCACGACUCAGGCUUUUCGGCUUGCAUCCUCACAGUCGAUACGUGGCAGCUCGGCUGGCGGCACGACGAUGUUCAGACGUCCAACUAUGCGUUCUACCACGGCAUCGGCGCCGAUCUGGGGCUCUCGGAUCCGGUGUUUCAGAAAAGACUGAGAGAGGAUGGGAUAGAUCCCAAGACUAUGCCGAAUGAGGCCGGGGCGAAGUGGAUUGAUAAUGUGUGGCAUGGACGCGCGCAUAGUUGGGAGAAGAUCCCGUGGUUGAUUAAGACGUGGAAGGAGAUUUCGGGCGGGAAGCCGUUUGCGAUCAAGGGGAUCCAGGAUGUGAGCGAUGCCCAGAAGGCGGUGGAGGUGGGCGUUGAUGGGAUUGUGGUGAGCAACCAUGCUGGACGGCAGGUUGAUGGUGCUUGUGCUAGCUUGGACGCACUGGAGAGGAUCGUUGAUGCCGUCGGCGACAAAACUUACAUCAUGUUCGACUCCGGCGUGCGCGGUGCGUCAGACGUCUUCAAGGCCCUUGCAAUCGGCGCCAAGUUCGUCUUUGUCGGUCGACUCUGGGUUUGGGGUCUUUCCAUCAUGGGCGAUCAUGGUGUACGGCACGUGAUGAAGAGCCUGCUGGCGGACUUUGACAUCCUUCUCAACGUCGCUGGGUUCCAGAACAUUGGGCAGAUAGAUCGAUCUGCGCUGGAGGUGUAUCCGCCGGGCUACCCCUUGCUCCCGCAGACAUCGAAGUUGUAG